AUGUCGAGGGAAGAAGGCAGCCAACUUGAAGACAUCUCUGAAACAGAAAACAAAGAAAUAACAGAUAAACAUAAAAAUACAAGCAAAUCAGAUAUCAAAGUGGUGGACUUGGGGGAAAGCCUCUUCAACAUCCUGAUCAGUGAAGUAGCGGAGCGUGAACAAUGGAAACCUUGGUGGAGAUCUCUAAUAGUCAAACUGCUAGGAAGGAAAAUAGACUAUGCAGCCAUGAAGAGAAGAUUGGAAGCCAUUUGGGGCAGAUUUGGUGGUAUUGACGUCAUAGAUUUGGAAAACGAUUUUUAUAUCGUUAAAUUUUUGGCACAGGAUGAUCUCGACCAUGCUCUACUCGAUGGUCCUUGGAAGAUAUAUGACCACUACUUGGCUAUUAGGCUGUGGGAACCAAACUUCAAUCCUCUUCUUACAACCAUAAACAAGAUCACAUCGUGGGUUAAAUUACCCCAACUCCCCAUAGAGCUCUACAAUGACCAAAUUCUAAGGAAGAUAGGAGACCUUAUUGAAAAAACUUGCAAAGUUGACUACAACACCUCCCAACUUUGUAAAGGAAAGUUUGCAAGAUUGUGCGUGGAGGUUGAUCUCACGAAGCCUCUCCUUGCGAAAAAGUGGACCAUGAUCAAAAGAAUUGUGCCAUGA